AUGAUUCCUCACCAGUUCGUAAUUACAGUUGCUUUAGGUUCUUCUCUUAUUUCCUUGCAAUACGCUGAAGGUCUGAAUUAUGUCAUGGUCAAUAUUUUGGAAUUGAACCAAAGUAGUGCAGAUGACAACGAAACGUCCGUAAACGACCUUUGCAAGGAUGACAUGUCAUCCUCUGAAUUUCUACUGACGGGAAAUGACAAACGCGUCUCAAAUAUGCCUCCUGAUACUGCAUACACGACGGAUGUGCAACCACCAUUCGGCUCUCUUCCACCAACACCGGCAAAUGAUGACGGCGUCUCAGAUGUCCCCCCUGUUCAUACCGCUAACAUGACAGAUGGACCGCCCACAUUCGGCCCAAUGGGGACGGUACACAGCACUCAAGAUCCUUCCACGAUCAUCCCACCAUCCACUGAUGACAGCGUUACGACCUUUCCAGCUGAAGCGCCAGUUUUACCAAACAGCAAUCCACCACUUUGCUCUCGGGUAAUCAACAUAACAUGGCUGUCCUUGCCUCCUUUUAUUUUUCAGUCUAAUGACAACACCGAUGUAAAAACCAAGAAAUCAGAUGGCAAACUCACGGGUGUAUUUUACGGCAUUAUUGAGCGCGCUGUUCAAUAUUGUUGCAAGUAUCUGGACAAUAAAGGAACUCGUCUCCAAUAUGCCCACAAAGCGGAGAAUAAAGAAACACUACAUGCAAAUAUAUUUCACCAUGAACCUUCCAUGGGAAUGCCAGUUUACAUUGAAAACGAGUUCUUUGAUAUCCACUAUGGAGGUCAAUUGUCAUUUAUCAAAGUCCUUGAAUCUCCCGGGCUGGUUGUGAUUGGGAACAAAGAUAACGCCAAGGAGAGUGAUUUGAAUGUCCUUUGGAAGGCAAUUUAUGACGAAUGGCCGAUUGUCUUCAUCUCAUUGUUGUUAUGCGCUAUCUCUGACAUUUUUAUCUGGGCGCUAGUAAGUACAGCCUUAUCAUAAUGUACAUCAUCUAAUAUUAGCCGAAAUCGCUGAUGCCCGAUGGCCCUUUAUUUCCAGUUUUCUGGGUGGCGGAAUUACCUGGCCACUAUUCGUACUAUUCGUAACUUCAGCUCCGAUGUAUUUUACAACGUUACUGUGAGUACAGUAGAACCUCGAUACAACAAACUACUAUACGACGUCCUCUGUAUCAUGAGGAACGAUUUUAUUUACCCCAGUAAUAGUAAAAUAUCUGGAAAAGAACCGCGAUAAAGUGGAACCUCGAUUUAAGAAAGGGCCAAGGGACUGUCAAAAUUUGUUUGCGUUAACGAGGUUUCGUUAUAUCAUGUUUUUUUCCAUAUAUUUAAUUUACUACUGGGGUAAAUAAAUCGUUCGUUAUACUGGGAACUUUGUUAUAUAGUGGUUCGUUGUAUCAAAGUUCGACUGUAUAACGAAAGCUCGUUAAAGCGAACAAAUUUUACUAAUUCUGGGCCUUCGUUAAAUCGCGGUCCACUGUAGCAAUAUCACUUAGAUUUUCCUAAGGUUUGACGUACGUACAAAACAUAAUAUGGCCUUUCAAUGCAGGGUUGAACUUAAACUUGUAACCCUCGCCCAAACAUUUUUCGUAUACUGCCAUGGAAACGUUUUAUUAGCAAGGCUAAGCCACCAUUGGUGUAAAAAUAAAAACAAAACAAACUUUGUGUGACAUACACAGGACUUACAGUUUCGUGUCACUUUGAGAUUUGAUUUAAUAUUGGAAGUUUUACAAAGUCCGUAAUAGAUAACCCGACUUUUUUCUUUAUUAUAAAGGAUACAACAUGGAAUAAAGUUGAGUUUCCUCGUCGUUUCCAUCGUGGAGCAUGUGAAGGAUUCUGGUGGGCCUUUGUUACCAUGUCAACCGUUGGGUAAGAAAAUCCAAAAAUUGAUCACCCGAUAAAUAAUUGAAGCAAAGUUUGCUUAGUAUGCGCAGUAGUUACUAGAGAGGAGACAGGUUUUUCAUCGUCUUCGAAGAGUUACUGGUUCCCUGCUUGCUUGCGCAAAGAUCUCAUCUCCAUUCGCUCUCAGCUGGCGAUAUUUCUUUCACCACAAUCAUUUACCAGUUUUCUAGGUUCUAGUUUCGCGUUUCGUGGUACACAGUUUUGAUGCCUCCUAGGGAAAUAGGGCUUGGGAAGUAUUUUUUAUGAUCUAGAGAAGAAUAUUUUUAACCAAAGUAUAAGAUAACUCAUUGGGUUUUUACUUUAUCUGUUUUAAGGUACGGAGAUAAAGCUCCUAAGUCAGUUAUUGCUCGGGUAUUCUGUAUUGUGUGGAUAAUGGUUGGCCUUACAAAUGCAUUGUGUUCGCUUAUGACAGCUACUCUUACCACAGCACUCGCUACCGCAGCUGUUAAAGAUGUAGACCUGGCUGGAAAGAAGGUAUCCAUUAUUAAAACAUUCUAA